GAAAUGGAGGCAGUGGGGGAGGGUUUAAGCAGAAAUUCCCACUUGCUUCCUACAUAAUAAGACGACUGCUGCUCAGGCAGAAAGCAGGUUUUUGUUUGUGCUGAAAUGUGCCGAUUAAUUAAGUUUAUUGCAUUAAAGAGCUGAAAACUGCAGACGGCAGAAUGUGGGUGCAAGGUGAGGACAAUGCAGCAGCAGAGUCUGACGGAGAGAGCGGUUUAACUUCCGAAGAUGAGGGAGACAUUCAGUGUGAGAUCCUGGAGAUGCAGAGGGAUGAAGCCAAUCAGAAACUGUCUGAACUGGAGGAAGCCUCCAAUCAGCUCCUGAAAGAGAUAAACGUGCUGGAGAUGCAGUUCCAGAUUGAGCGCUCCUGCAGGGAGAGUGCUGAGGCGCUCGCUGUCAAAGUGACCAAAGAGAACAAAGCCCUGAAGAGGGCGAGCCAGAUGCUGAUGCCACUCAUCCCCGAGCUGCCUGAAAACUUGGCUGCUGUGACCUUUGACCUGGACGCUGACCCCGUGGUUAACGGUGAGGAAGAGGUCGCUCUCAGUGAGGACUGCAGUGAGGAGACGCUGCUGCUGCAGGGACAAGCUAAGAUUGCAGAGCUGCAGGCGUCAGUAGACGGCCUGCUGGCUGAGAAGCUGCAGCUGGAGCAAGAGGUGGAGGAUCUGACCAAAGAGCAGGUCCAACUGAGACGGCAGCUCGCUCUGGAGGUCGAGGAGAAAGAGACCAUACUGAAUAAAAUGAGCAAGCAGAGCAAGACCAUGAAUAAAAUCAAACGCGUCUCCCAGCUUGUCACUGAGGAGUUCACAGAAAUGUCUCAGAAGCUGGAGCUGGAGCAGGGCCUCCGGCAGCACGCUGAAGUCUUCGCCCACCAGAUCUUGGUUCAGCAGACGGCGGCCCACAGAGAGAACAUGAUGCUGACGCAGAGCCCGGAGACCGGCCUGCAGCUGCAGCAGGCGCUGAGACAAAUCUCUGACAUCAGCACGGCUCUGUGUGACAUACAGCGCCAUUACCAGGAGCAGGUCAGACAGAGUCAGAGUGCUGGGGAGGAGAGCGGCGUCCUCGCCGAGCUGCAGAACCUCAGAGAGCAGCUGGAGAAGAGCGAGGAGGAGAGGAAGGUCUUACGGACGCAGCUGUCUGAAGCUAACGGCGCCGUCACACAGCUCCAGGAGGAAGUGAAACGAUUACAAGGCACCCUGAACAAGGAGGAUGCAACUGAUGAACCAGAGCAGAAAGCCACUCCUGGUCCCUCUUUACCUCCUCCUCCACCUCCACCUCCUCCUCCUCCUCCUCCUCCUCCUCCUCCUCCUCCUCCUCCCACUGCUGUCACCAAUUCACUUGAUUUGCUGAGAAGCAGAAGAAAAGAAGGAGCCAGUAAAGCUGAUCAAAACAAAGCGGCACCGUUGUUGGACAUGAAGACGAAAGCGGUGAAUGAGAUGAUGGAGAGAAUAAAGAAAGGCAUCAUCCUGAGGCCCAUUAAGACUGUACAGGUGGACAAAAAUGAGGACGACGGCUCAUGGAAGGAUCAGAGGAGUGAAAACAGAAAGUCCGCAAUCGUCGAGCUGAAAGGGAUGCUGGACAACAUGAAACGUCAGCACCUCCGCAGAGCGCCGUCCAGACGGGGACUCAGCCGAAAUGUUGGGGAGGCAGAGCUCCUGCAGGUGCUUCAGAGAAGGAGGAGAGCGAUGGGGGAGAACCGGGAACAAGUACAGGACCCUCAGCCAGGAGGUCCACGGUGUGUCCCAGCAGCAGGAGACGCCCCCUGGGCGGGCGAGAACGGCAGCGCCCCUGUGCUCCGGAGGCUGAAGCAGAACCGGGAGAAGAGAGACUCUCGCAUCAGAGCGUCGGCGCUCAUCAUCAGCCAAGAAAACUGAGAGCAGUAACAGGAAGUCUUAAUGCCACUGCUGUUUUAUACAGUUAUGACUUUGUCCUUUGUUUUGACAUCAAAUGAAACAACGAUAUCUUUGCGUGAGUGUUGAUCUAACAUUUUGAAACCUGAGCAAAUUGGUUUGACUACUUUGGGGGAAAACAGAGAAAGACAGACUUGGAAAGAAAUGUC